AUGUCCGAACCUCCUCUCCAGGUGAAGCGCGUUGACCAUGUCUACAAUGUACAAACCCGCACAUGGGCAUACGAGGAUACCAAAGCGCAGAUUCAACCCCAGGUCCUGAGCGGCGGUAAGAUGGCAGAUGGUUCCGACGCCUGGCAGUCGUACUGCUUUGUGGUCGUGCGCAAGAUACCCCCACCGAACUCCGCUCCUGGUCUAGAGCCUACGGUCGUGGUCAGCAUCAAGAGUCCGUACCUGUUAGCAGCAUGCAAGAACGUCGUCGGAACUGUCCCCACCAUAUCAUGGACUGUUGACCCUCUAGAGCUUUCGAUAGAUCUGUUGAUCUCAUUCUUCCCUCGCUUCGUCGCGUAUCUAGACGAACUGCAGGGUAAGACGGACCCCUCGAGCGAGGAGGUGCAUAUCCUCGACAGUCUCCGUGUCCUCGUUGACUACCUGCGCGAGAACCAUCAGAUCACCAUCUCUAAGAUUCACAACCUCCUCACCCAUGGAGAGAUCACGUAUGACCUAAUCUAUGCUAUCCUCAUUCCUGGAACACUACUCGUCACCACGGACAACGCAACGGGGGAACCAUGCGCUCUCCAACUCCACAAUUACACGGCGGGACCCAUGUUCUACAUGUUGAACUGCACAGGUGUCGACGCUCUCGACCGUCCGCCCUCUGUGGACCUCUUUGGCGGCGUAGUUUCAAAGCAAGGUUCAGACAUGCCGAAGUUUGGCAGGGUUGAGCGAACGUUGCACUUGACACGGUUUCAAGGCGUCGCGAAGAUCAAACGGCUGUCUAUAUACCCCAUCGAGUACCACACCGACGAAGUGAAGCUCAAGCAAGCACUCCUCGCUCGGGCCCGCAGAUGGAUGGGGUUGAACGGCGUGCAGCAUGUGCAUUACCAGGGAACUGCGGUCAUUGCAAGUGCAACAGACUCCAUUAUGGGGGGCAAGAUCUACAUCAAAUACGAUGUUGAUUCUAGGAUCAUGAUUGACAGAAACGAAUUCACGCACCGCAAUGCAAAUUACGAUAUGCCUCGCGCCCAACUAGCAAAUGGCGGGCAGCAGGCCCAAGUCCCAAGGCAAGCGCAAGUACAGGGAACAGGAGCCGCGGCCGGAGCCGCGAAUCGCCGCGCAGUCCAGAAGCAAUAUCCGCUAUUUGGCCUUACGGAUUUCCAGACUUUACUCAGACAGGCAGCUGGAAAUCAGGAGCUAUCUGACGACGACCUCAUGCUCGCCACGCCCGUGCUGUAUGGCUUCAGCCUGUCCGACAAACUCUGGUUGGAAUUCAACGUCGAGAAGGUUCGCCCAAUCGUAUGGUCCGACGAGCCCUUCACAAAUCUCGUCCUCCCGGGAAAUCGGAGAGACCUCUUGCGCUCCCUCGUAGAGGCUCAUAAUUCCGACCUCGACUUCGACGACUUCGUGCAGGGGAAGGGCCAGGGUCUUGUUAUCAGUCUCUUCGGUCCUCCGGGAGUUGGAAAGACCCUGUCUGCGGAGGCCACGAGCGAGCAUCUCCGAAGACCGCUUUACAUGAUUGGGGGCGGAGAUCUUGGCGCCGACGCGACUGCUGUCGACACUACUCUGAAGCGCAGUGCAAUCGUGCUGAUAGAUGAGGCCGAUGUGUUCCUGGAGCAGCGCUCCAUGCGUGACAUCGCGCGCAAUGCCAUGGUCGCAGUCUUUCUGCGGCACGUUGAGUACUACCGCGGGAUCCUAUUCCUUACCACGAACCGAGUCAAGGCGUUCGACCCAGCCUUCCUCUCUCGUAUCCACGUCGCUCUACGUUUCCGGGAGCUGAGCAAGGAAGCGAAGCUAAAGAUCUGGCAGGCCUUCCUGCACAAAGUCCACACGGGCGACCUCACCGACGACGAACUGGACAAUUUGGUCAGUCGAGAAGUCAAUGGACGUCAAAUCAAGAAUGCCACUAGAACGGCCAUGUCUCUAGCGAAGAGUCGCGGGGAGAAGCUCGGGUAUAAGCACCUUGCGGAGACGCUUGACGCGAUGGAGGGGUUUGCUAGUGACUUUUAUGAGCGAGACUCGGUCACCGAGUCCUAG